UCCAUUCGCCCAGUCGCCCUCACAGCUCAGGAAGCUUCUGUCGCGAGUCUGCAUGUAUCCACCUGUGUGUAUUAUCGCAACGAUUUGCUAUAGAAAUUGACAAAUUUUUCUAUAUAUACACAUAUAUUUAUAUUAUAUAUAGUUCUACACAUUAUGAUAUAAAAUUCCGUUAUUAAAAUCCAAAUUUUGUCAUCGUGAGUUAAAGCAGUGCAUAUUUGUGUAUAUAGUGCAUUGGUUGGUUGAUGUACACAAUGGGGACCAGAUUCGCAGCAUAUAGUCUAAAGCUAACUAGUUUACAUGAUUAUUAUCAACGACUACUCCACGGUAGCCAGCCAAUGCCUUCUGGUCUAGAUGUCGCAAACACAUUGAAGUAUUUUUCUCAAACUUUGUUAUCUUUGUUAAAAGAAGUAUGUGAAGCGCCGUUCGAAAUGAUCAAAUCGCAAAAAUUCGAUGGAGAACGAAUGGCAUUGUAUCCUAAUUUGGAUUAUAAACAACUUUACAACGCAUUAACUCAGCUGAUCGACGUAGUGCCAUUAAUACAUAUUGGUCUACAAGCAUUCGGGAAAGCUUUACUGCAAUGUCUAGCCUGUCUAUUACCUUUUCUCGAUCACGAUAUGAUAGACAAUAUACCGUAUCUAGCCGCCAGUACAAUAUCGGUACUCCCCAUAGAGCUUCAUGAAGAAAUCGUUAAUUAUCUUUGUUUUUACAUUUUGCCGUUCACUAUCACAAGAAAAAUUGAAAUUGGUGAUGAAAAUUCUGCUAGUCAAUCAGUGGCCGCUGUUAUAAUGAUGAUUUUUCAGUAUUCCAAUAACCCAGCGCAUCAUUGCCAAUUGUUGGAGUGUCUGAUGGCCUUGAAGCCGGGAGUUGUAAAGGAUAUACUCUGUGUAAUCGCUUAUGGUACCGCACCAGCAAGAGCAUCGGCUGCAAAAUUACUUUUCUAUUAUUGGCCAUCGUUCAAUCCAAAUCUAUUUGAUCGCCGUGCUGUAUUGGUAAAAUUUACUAACGAUCUUACUCCGUUUGUAUGUCAACGGGAUAGCUGCCCGAAUGCCGGAAACGCAGAAGCUGGUAAGGUUUGCUAUGAUCAUCGCAUAUCUAUCACUUUCGCUACCGAAUCUCCGCCGCCGCUCUAUUUAUGUAUCGAAUGCGCGAAUGAAAUUCAUCGGGAACAUCCGAAUCAAAUGUUCUACGAUAUUUUGCAUCCGAUGCAACAAGUGUCUAUGAUUUGUGAAAACAAGAAUUGUAGAGCAGCGGACAAAUCAGCCAUUAGCAUUUGCUUUUCGACGGAAUGCGCAAGUUAUAACGGAAAUCAUCCUAUACGUUAUUGUCAACAAUGUCAUAACAUCCGCCAUAACAAUCGUCGCGGCGGCGAUCACGUUUACCAUACGGCACUCCCGCAUCUUUCGCAGCUGGAUUCGCAAACGCAGACCUAUAUGGUCCAAGCAAUUGUCAGUUUGCUUAAGGAAGCCGAGUCGUUAAAUAUUGAUAAUAGGGAGAUGAUGGAGUUAAGUAGUAGUACCAGUAAUAAGGGCGGUACAGGAUUCUCAGGGGGUGGAAGUGGCGGAGGUAAUACUGGUGGUAUGGGAAGCACGUUUGGUGGUCACUGUGAUCCCACGAGCUUGGAAGAACGCCAAUUACUUGGCAGAUAUGGCGUAUGGUUGCUCGUGGGGCUUUGUACCCCAAAUGAAGAUACCCCAGUUGAAAUACUGGGCCGUUUAUUAUCAAUGUUAUUUCAUUGGUUUCAUGUCACUGCCUACUCUUUCGAUGGUACUAAAAAAAGUCUUAUGCACCUUAUCUUUUCUGUUGGUCAAGCGGAAAGUGCUCUCGAGAAAUUAAAAACUGAAUAUGUUUGUGGUUGGCUUUCGGAAGUUAUGAAAACGCAUUAUGAAGUAUUCAUUUCUUGUCUUCUGCCGCAUCCAGCAGAUUACGUCAGAGUUGGAGGCCAUUGGGAAACUUUGGCUUCGCGAACAUCGCAUUUAAAAGACGGCCUAAAUCGUUUAUUUUGUUUGGUACCAUACGAAGUAAUUACGCCCGAUGUGUGGGAUUAUGUAAUGCCACAUUGGAUGGAAGCAAUGGUGAAUGACGUUCCCGAACACGAGCUUCACGAAUUAAAAAUAAUAUUAUGCAAAAUAUUGGAUCCUGAUAUGAGUCCUUUAGGAUUUGACGCGAAGAAGAUGUAUAAUUUCGUCGCGAAGCGAUUUGUCAAUACGAGUGCAAAAGUGCAAGAACAGGCUCUUAAUUGGUUACAAACACUUACGAUGCUAGAAAUAAUGAUACCACUUGGCCAAUUAUUUUCAAUAUUUAGCGACGGAGUCAUCGUCAUGCAAUCGAUGAAUUCCGCAGAAUCAGAGCUAAAACCAAGCAAGUCCACAAAAGAUUGUGAUGGUAACAUUACAUGUCCUGUUGUCGAAAACGAAUCUGGCAAGUCAACGCCACUUUCUGACGAUAUGGCACCAACGCCAAGGCACAUGGAAUUUAUGACAAACGCUGAAUUAAAUUUAUCCUGCUGUAUUCUUAUGCUUGACAUACUAUUGAAACAAAUGGAACUUCAGGGCGUGGAUAAACAUACUGGAAUCAAUACAUGGGUUUGUCAGGACGCUUGCCAUUUAAUGAAAUCCAUAGUUGCGUCAAACUGGAAUAGCUAUCAUACAUGUAACGUUUCGGAUAUUGAAUGCACUUAUUGCGAGUCAAGAGUGAUUUGGCACCAGCUAUGUCUAGAAUUGAUCACUUAUAUAGUACCGGAAAAUCCAGCAUAUCCACCCGAUACAAUAGUGGACGAAACCGCGGACGAUCAUGGUCGCAAAGGUUCUCCGGAAACAACAAAAAAGAGCGACUCAAAACCUGAUGUAGUUAUCAAUAUGCCAGUGCCAGAAAUGCAUUCUGUUGGCGGCGUUUUAGUUCAUAUGCCACAUUUCUUCGAACAGAUCAUGACAGCAACAGUAGAGACAGUUUCGGAACAGCUGGAUCUUGCAGCUAUCAUGCCCACAGAGAAAGUCAUGUCAGCCGUUGCGAGAACAGUUACAUUGUCAGAAACAGACGUCGCUACUGCAACGGUGAGCGUGGCAAAACCUUAUUUGAUAGGCGAAAACGAUGAACCUGUGAACCUAAGCCCGGAAACUGAGUUAGACAACUUCUGGCAUACCUCUGUGGGAAAAUUCCGUUUUACGAUAGAAGAAUUACCGGAAUAUCUUCAAUAUAUACACAAACUAUUAAAGGAAAUAAUGACAAUUGACAAACCUGACAUAUUGUAUUACAUGCUACAGUGUUUGAAUGUAUUGUGCUUGUAUGGUGAUGCGUUUAAUACAGCGGUGAAAGACCACCAAGGAUUUUUUAUAUGGUGUCAAGAAAAUUUAUUAAUAAGAAAUUUAUGGGAGCUUUUAAAUGCUGAACACUCGCACAUAGCGCAAGUGACUGUCCCGCUAUUAUUGCAUUGCGUGACGUUACCUUGCGGCACUGACACUUUUUGGCGACUCGUGCAAGAAGAAUUUCAUAAUUCCGAUUGGCGCGUUAGAUUCGUCGCAGUCGAACGUGUCACGUUAAUUGCAAGAUUUAUGGAUUCAACACCGUUACGAAACAUAACAAGUCUGCAAGCUGCACUAGCGAAUGCAUUUUGUUAUUUAAUUACAAGUAUGGACGACAACAAUGUUUACGUUGCACAACGUGCAACUUUAUAUCUUGGUACUAUUCAUGAUACAGCAAUCAGAUCAUUAAUUUUAUGCCUGGAGACACAAUUUGAUUCCGUUAUCGUGGAUCGUCCGAUGGUAUUGCAAUCACUUUACCAACUUCAUAAUAGUCUAAGUGAUCGACGUAUUUUAACUUGGGAAUUCUUUCUAAAUCGAUUCGAUACGCUAUUUCUUGAAGCUCAGAUCAAUUUGGAGAAGUCGGGAGAUAUAGCUUACUUGCGCGAUUUAAAAAAUACGGAUCUGAAUAGCGAAGUAUUCAUGAAGAAAUUACAUCGCGCGCAUGAAGCAUUAUCCCAAUCUGACGGUAGUGGCACAAGUUCUGUAAAAACGUUAAGCGCAAGUUUUGGCACGAAGUGGCCUUAUAAGCGUACAAUGUCUGCACCAGCUUCGAUGAUACCUCGACAAGAUACCAAGCAAGAAAAGGAAAAAGUGUACAGCCGACAAUAUUCUGCGCCCAUCUUAAAAAGGAAGAGCUCGAGAUUCGGACUGGGUCAGUUGUUAGGGUCUACCCCGUCUAAUAACAGUAUCCCAGAUGGUCAUAUACAUUCAUUAAACAUGGUCGACGAGGCUAGCACAUUACCAGGAUAUACUCACAAAAUCGUGGAUCUUGAAGAAGCGGAUAAAGAAACGAUGCACUUGCUAGUAUUUCUCUUAAUGCAAUUUCUUUCAAGACAAGAUCAGGCAUAUCCGACGGAUGAAAAGCCACUGUCGAAAACACAAGGUAUAGUUUUGCGACAUUUAUACCUACUUUUGGGAUAUAAUCAAACUGAACGCACUUUCCAUACAUCUCCACAACGUUUAAGACUUUCGCCAGUAUUUAAUGUCUUCAUCGCCAAUUUGCCGCAACUACUAGACCAAAAUCAUGUGAUGGGUUUAUUAAUGACGUCGCCAGUUCUAGCAAUAUUACAACAUUGCCCUUGCCCACCACAAACUACUCCGCCUACCGAUCACCAACCACCAAGCUACAGUCUUUGGUAUUUGGAGCCACAUAUCAGGAGAUCUUGGUUAAUGUCACUUCUUGUCAUUUUAUACAAGUGUCAAUAUGGACAACAACCAUGGUGUAAUCAGCUUCAAGCAUUAGUGAAGAUCGUUUUAAAUACACUCGAAACGCAACAUCAUCAGUGUAAGAGGAUUCCAGCGACUGUUGUUAUGGGUGCACCACCUUCUAGAUCUCGCGAUGUAUCUCAACCCUCGCUUGGAGUGGAACACGACUUAACAAAUGCUUUAGGAGAAAUCGACACAGAAACUCCGCCGAUGCGCCAACUAUGGUGCCCGAUGCAUCAACGUAGUCCCAGCGGAAUACACGGACAAAUGGAAACUCAUUGGGAGGAGAAUAACGGUCCAGCGUGUCGUUAUUUCAACAAAUAUUUUAUAACUAGCUAUUUCAAUGCGGACGAUACGGAGUCUGAGCUGGCCGCGAUUCCUGAGAGCCCAAAAUCUGACAGCACCUUACAUGGUAGCAGCGGAGGAUCUCUCGGGGAGCUAGAGGAUACGGUUCAAAGAAACACGUUUUUACAAGAACCACGCACCUCGAUUGUUUCUGAUGGAACAAGUGCAAUUGUUGACCCGAAUAAUCGAAACAUCAACAGAUUGAGAAUGGAAUCCAUAACGAAGCCUAUAUGGUUUUUAGGAAAUGAGGAUGAAACUUCUCAGGGAACUAGGAAAGUUGAACCUCAGAAAAAAUGGAGCGUUUACGAAGGAGUAAAAAUGAUGGUAACAAGCACAUUUCUAACCGGACAGCAAGAAUCUUCAAAAUUUCACCCUAAAACGCCUAUAUUACCGGGAAAAAAUGCUAAAGGCCAAUUACCGUAUAAUGGAGAUACUAUUUCAUCAAAGCCGUACAAUUUAUCAAGUGCGUUAGCAGUUGCGACGAGUAUCUCUCACAUUCAAGGGUCCGAUCCAACAAAAGAAGAGAAUAAACAAAAGAAUAAGGAGAAAGAGAAAGAGGGAAAAGAAAUGGAUAUAGAGAAAGAACAAAAUGUAGAAAUACAGAAAGAAAAAGCACAUGUCAGUAACACCGUUGGUACUACCGUUAAUAUUGAAUCGCCGAACACGAAACAUUUAGGUAGACAGAAACAUGUAGAGCAAAUCACAAUCACAGCAACGUCACCAGUCUCGCCUUGUCAAGUAAUCACGGUGACAAAUAGCGACCACUCAAGUUCGCCAGCAUUGAGUUCCAUAUCAUCGCAAGUCAUAAGCACGGAGAACGGGCAACUGACUGGUGUACCUACCAGUCCACAACUUUUAAUGACUACCCCAACGGUCGAACGUUUAUUACCUAUUGGUACAACAGUUCGCACUACAGGUCCACGAACAGCACAGCGUGUAUUAAGAUGCGAAGAUACAUACGGAUCUCCGGAAUCACCGUUAUCAAAAAUGGAUAUCUUGACGACAGUCAGCUCUUCGUUCGAACAAGAUAGCGAGACUUGCGUAUCCAGCGAUAUUACAAGUCCACAUAGCAUUUCUCAACUGGAAUUUCCAACACCAGAACGACUACUACCAAUUGGACCUCAGAGAGAUUUUUCCAGUUUAGUUGAACGUGUAUGUCAAGCUCUGGAAAUCUCAAAUAUCGAAGAUACGAAUAAAUUGAAUGAGGAUGUAAGGCGCGAUACAGUGAUGUUCACAAAACAAGAUAGCGGGACAUCUAAAAAUAUGUCUACGUCACUUGCACCGGCAUCAAAUGGAGCUAAUUCUAGCAGAUCUCCAAGUCCACGAAGAUUAAUCAAACAGGUAGCAUUGGAAUCGUCUCCACCAAUGGUGGAUAUGGGAGAUUUUGCUUCGAAGAUAACUGAUUAUGACCAGAAAAUUAAAACAAGAGAUCAGUAUUCAUCAAUGAGGGAUCAGGGAUUACGUAUUCAUCGUGAUAAAACGCGUAAGGUUACUAACACCACCACAGAUCAAGAUGUAAUCACUGAUGCGAGACGAACAGAGUCCUGGUCCGGGCCACAAGUCCAACCAAAUUUCAACUUCUUCUCUCAGCAAGCAUAUCACGCAGAUUUCAAUUUGAAACAGAGUUUAUUCCGUAUCGGUGAUGAUUGCGUUUAUGAUAGGUGUUCGGAAUGUGGAACAAUUAAAGAGGAGUAUUCUGACGAAGAGCUCGGAUUAUGUAUAAUAACUUUGGGAACAUUUAUCCAUCGAGAACCAUCUUUAGCAGCACCGCUAUUACCAGAAAUACUUGGCGUAGUAACCAAGGUUGCACUUAACGCCAUGUACCCUUGGCAAAGCGAAACGAACAUGCAUUUACCAGGUGGUGCGGUCAGUGUAGCACAUCAAUUUCUCAGAUGUGUUUUGCACCAAUUAGCACCUAAUGGAGUAUUUAUGCAAAUGUUUCAGACCCAUUUAAAUGAAACGACCAGGUUGCAAUUCUUCAAGAGUGUCGCCCAAGCUUUGAUCGAUUUUAAUGAAUUAAACCCCAUUGCGCCUCUGCAACUACUACUCGAGACUUUGAAUAUGAAAAAAUCAUUACCGAUGGAACGGUUGCCGACAAUAUUGUAUAAUAUUGCAUGUUAUUUGGAUUGUUUGCCAUUGGAAGCGGGAUUAGGUCCUGGAGUUGCUACCUGGAGCGGCUUAUUGGCUCAGUUCGACGGACUAUUUCGAAGACUUGUUCUUAUGCUUCCUGCUGUCGAGGAUAUCAUUCCUCUUCUACGAAUUAUGAUUUCAAUAUUAAAAGUUCCAGGAAUUCAACAAUCUAAGGGAAUGCUGGAUCCACUUUCUAAAGUAAUAAGUUACGCUAUACAAAAUUCAACGUUGCAAUACCAUUAUUUAACAGACUUAUGCUAUUUAUGUCAUAGAGGAUUUACUCGCGAUCGCGAUAAACAUUUUUUUGGUAGAACGAUUGUGUUUGAAUUGGUUCAAGCUAUCAAAUUCAAGAUUACAAUACCGGAUUCGAAUUUCUUGCUGCUUCUCCAAUUUGUACUCCAGGAUAUUGGAGGAUCUUUGCCUAGCACUAUCACGAUGAAAAAUAAUAUUCAGACAGACAUGUCGCCAAUUUACAAUACGAACGCUUCUGAAUCUUUAAAAAAUCAGUUAUCGGAUGUCCUUGAUUUCUUAGCUGACUUCCACACAUUAAGCAAGAUCAAGAGUUAUAGUAAAGAUAUGCACGCGGGAUUAAACGAGGACACGUUAGGUGGAAUAUUAAAAUGUGGCCUCGCUCAAUAUGUAGCUUUAGAAAUUACAAGAGGCAAUAAUAGAGAGAAUAAAGCUAUUGCGCGUUAUUUACCAUGGUUAUACACUGCACCAUCUACGAUACAAGGUGCUCGCGAAUAUGUUGAUUGUAUCGGCCACAUCAGACUCCUAUCCUGGUUGCUAUUGGGGUCGCUUACACAUAUAGCAAUGUAUACUGGCAAUACUAACAAUCAUACUCAUAGUUCAACAAUUUUAUUGGCGCAACCGAUACCUCAAGAAGUGUCCUGUCAUAUUGCAGAUCACAUACAAAUCAUUUUCUCAGGAUUCCCAGAACAAUCAAAAACCUCGGUUCUUCAUAUGUCGUCUCUUUUUCACGCAUUUAUUCUUUGUCAGCUUUGGACAAUGUACUUGGAAGAAUUAUCAAAGAACAACGCAUCGAAUAGUGAAAGUCAUAAUAUCACCAUGAACAUUUUAUUAGAGUUUUGGGGCAAAAUAACACCGUGUAUUUUGCAACUCGUUUCUUAUUCAAAAGCCCUAUCUGAAAUGCUUAACUUGCAUUUCUUAAGUUUACUAGAAGCCUUGUUAGAAUGUGGAUCAAUUGUAUUAAGUAAACUAUUACCCUUAUGGAAUGCUAUUUUAUUUUCCCAUCAUGUUCAGUUACCAGGACAUCUACAAAUGCGCUUACAGAACUGUCGUGAUUUCCCCCCAAGCAGAAUGACAGAAAAUUUUGUUUCUAAUCGAAGAGAAUUAAAUGCGAUACUCCUACGAUGGUUACAUCGAUUACAAUUUAAAAUGGGUCAAAUAGAAAUGCAAUCUUCUACCGCUACACAAUUCUAUUCUAUUUAAAAAAAAAUAAGAAAGAAAAGGAUCAUCUAUAAAAAUAAGAUUAACUUAGCCAAAUUAGGCAAAUUUAUCUUAAUUAAAUACACAGCGAAGAUAAAUAAAAGACAUAGUAAUUUAUUGAAUGAAAGAAAAGAGAAAAAAGCG